AGUCGGUGUUUAUAUUAUGCGCCGAUGAUUCUAUCAACGAUGAGGCAAUAAUUAUGGGUCCUACUACCACCUAGUGGGAAGAGGGAUGUGCCUGGUGGAAGGUUAUUCAUAACUCUAUCUUUUCUUUUCUUGACUGCAAAAUACACAUUCCAGUACAUACGCUACCAUUCCUCCCCCGCAUUAUCAUUAUCAACAAGCAUACUUCAUACUUCAUAUUGUACUGUACAUACCUCCAGCCCAUGUGGUUGACAUCGCAAUCGCAAUGGUCCUCCUAACCUCCUCCACCGUCUCGGUGAUCAUCUCCUCCGGCAUCAUCUGCACCUUCACCUUCCUCCUCUUCCUGUCCGGCUAUGUCCUCCAGCAACAAUCCGUCCGCAACAUCCAACAUGCCAUCCGCGCACCAGAGCUAUCCCUACCCCGUCACAACGAGGACCAAUCCAUCCUCCUCAACACCCCACCAAACCAGCAACAACAAGAACAGCCCAUAACCCAGCCAAACCAAGACCCCACCCCCGCAGCAGAAGGCACCUACGCCUACCUUCAGCUCCUCACCCGCCCCGACCCAAGCCACAUCUGCAGCGCGAUCCUCUUCUUCCACUCCCUGACCGCAGCAACCGACCCAAGCAACCGCACCCGCAUCCAAGAUCGUCUCUUCAUGUACCCGCGCGAAUGGGACCAGCUGUACACCCCCUCCAACCCCUCCAACCCCUCCAACCCCUCCAGCCCCCCCGAUACCACCGACACCGACCCCAAACACACAACCAUAACCAAAGCCCUAGCCCACCUCCGCACCGCCGCCCUAGCCAACAGCAUCUGGCUCCUCCCCAUCGACACAGGCCACCAAACCACAGACGCCCACCUCCUCCGCCACGGCCAGAUGCAAUUCGUCUCCUACGACAGCGUCCUCUACCUGCAGACCCCGGGCCUCGUCACCUCCGUCCCCAAUCUCGACGCCGUGCUGCUCUCCCACCCGCUCCCCGGCAAGCACGAUCCCGCCCGCCCGGACUCGUACAAUAACCCCGCGUGGAUGGCGGUGCCCUUGCGUCCGGAGAGGGAGAGCGUCUUGCCGGGCGGCGGGGCGUAUCUGGUCACCGUCAAUCGGGUGGGGAGUGUGGGGCAGGUCGAGGCGAGGGGGCAUGUCAUGCGGCGGGAGGUUGGGGGGUUGGUUAGGGGGGUUGUUACGGAGGGUGAUACUGAUGCUGAUACUGGGGCUGGGGAACAGGCCGGGUAUGUGGUCUUUGAGACGGAGGAGGAUGGGAGGGUGAGGUGGGAGGGGAAUGCGUUGUAUGGGGCGUGGAGGCGGGGGGUGGAGGGGGUUUGUCCGGGGGUGGAGUUUGAGGGGUUUUAUGAUUGA